UCUGUGUAUCGGUGAGUGCAAGAUACUUAGGGAAGAGCAUGCUGCUGCAAACAUCCCUGGCUUAUGCUUCCAGCUCACAGCGGUCUGUCUGUGUUUCUGGACUGAAGUGACUGAUGAGAAACAUAGUCAAGUCUGGAGGGUGAUUCCCUUGCAGUUCCCUUGCCUUUCAGCUCUGGGGAAAGUAGAAGAUUGGCUCUCUCUCGCUGCUCCUUAGGAUGGGCUGCAAUUUGUGUGCUUUUCAGAAAAGAGAAGAACACUACAAACUGCUUUACGAAGUUUCCCAGGUAAAUGGGAAGGAUCUCACAAAGGCCACUCAUGAAGAGGCAGUGGAAGCUUUUCGAAAUGCCAAGGAGCCCAUUGUGGUGCAGGUGUUAAGGCGGACACCCCUCAGCAGACCAGCCUAUGGGAUGGCCCCAGAAGUGCAGCUUAUGAAUGUCAGCACACAGACAGACAUCACCUUCGAACACGUCAUGGCCCUGGCCAAGCUUCGACCUCUCACCCCACCAGUACCAGACACCUGUCCCUUUCUGCUCUCAGACAGCUGCCAUUCUCUUCAUCAGAUGGAGCAUGAGCUCUAUGAGGACAAUGAUUAUCUCCCCAGCUUACCUACUGAUGUAGACCGGACAGAAGAUUUUGAAUAUGAGGAAGUCGAGUUGUGUCGUGUUAGCAGUCAAGAGAAGCUGGGCUUGACAGUCUGCUACAGAACAGAUGAUGAAGAAGACAUGAGCAUUUAUGUCAGUGAGGUAGACCCAAAUAGUAUUGCUGCCAAAGAUGGCCGAAUUAGAGAAGGGGAUCGUAUCUUACAAAUAAAUGGGGAAGAUGUCCAGAACCGAGAAGCAGCGCUGGCCCUGCUCUCGAGCGGCGAAGAAUGUAAGAGAAUCGUGCUGCUUGUCGCCAGGCCCGAGAUGCAGGUCCGAACAAAGUGUUACAAUAACAUUUAUCUGGCUUCAAAUCUGUUGCUUCUGAAGAAAUGUAUUUCAUACCUUGACAGAGGAAGAUGUCAUGAAAGUAAAGAAGAGCUGGAUGAAGGCUGGCUGGAAGAUGAAAGGAAUGAAUUCUUAGAGGAGUUAAACUUGGAGCUGCUGGAGGAGCCACAUAAUGAGGCCACGCAGUACACUGGCAAUGAGCUGGAGCAGCCCAAAAAGCAAGAAGAAGAAGAAGGCACGACGGACACAGCAACCUCUUCCUCCAAUAACCAAGAGAAAGACAGUGGAGUGGGGCGCACGGAUGAGAGCGUGCGGAACGAGGAGAGCUCUGAGCAGGAGAAUGCAGCGGAGGACCCCCAGGGCACACCUUUGGAGAGCAGGAGAGAGCUGGGGCAGAGCCAGGACACCCUUGGGAGCGCCGAGCUUCCAUGCGAGAGGUUUGUGUCCUGCGAGUGUGUGGACUCAGACUGUGCUGGCCAGCACGAUGAGGAGUGUGAGCAAUUCCGGCAGCUCCUGGAGCUGAAAUGCAGGAUUCAGAACCACGGAGAGUGUGAUCUCCGUUACUCACGCGACACGCUGGAAUGCAACCAGGGGGAGCAGGAAGGAGUGGAGCACGAGCUACAGAUGCUUAAUGAAGAGCUGAGAAACAUUGAGCUUGAGUGCCAAAACAUCAUGCAGGCUCACAGGCUCCAGAAAGUGACAGACCAUUACGGAGACAUCUGGUCUCUGCACGGUGGAGGUUCCCGAAGUUACACUGCCAACCUAGAUAUGCCAAGGGGAAAAUUAGAUGACAUCAUGGAACGUCCGGAAAAGUCAGACAAGGACAGUUCUAGUGCGUACAACACAGCCGAGAGCUGCAGGAGCACGCCACUGACCAUGGACCGGUCCCCUGACAGCUCCCUUCCCAGGGGGACCAACCUCUUCAAUAAAAAAAACCUAAGGAGUACAACUGCAGCUAGUCAGCCUUCAUCUGGACAGAGCAGCAAGGAGUGUAUUUCUACCAGAGUCAAGACCACAGAAGGCUGUAUCCCUGAAAGCCAGGAGAAGAUUCUGGAAAGCAAACAGCUUCCCCAUUAUGAGGACUCAGUCAGUGAGCACAUCCCUUACCUCUCUCCUUACCACAGCUCCUCCUAUAGGUAUGCCAACAUCCCCGCGCACGCCCAGCACUAUCAAAGCUACAUGCAGUUAAUUCAACAGAAAUCUGCUGUGGAGUAUGCCCAGAGCCAGCUGAGCUUGGUGAGUGUGUGCAGAGAUGCUCAGAAAGGCUCAGAGCCCAAGAUGGAGUGGAAGGUCAAAAUCAGGAGCGAUGGUACCCGGUACAUAACAAAGAGACCAGUGCGAGACCGAAUUCUGAAAGAACGUGCCUUAAAGAUCAAGGAGGAGCGCAGCGGUAUGACCACAGAUGACGACACGAUGAGCGAAAUGAAAAUGGGGCGUUACUGGAGCAAAGAAGAGAGGAAGCAGCACCUGGUUCGCGCCAAGGAGCAGCGCAGGCGCCGGGAGUUCAUGAUGCGCAGCCGGCUGGACUGCCUCAAGGAGAGCCCACAGAGCGGUGGGGAGGGCAAGAAGGAGCUCAGCAUCAUCGAACUGAGUCACAAAAAGAUGAUGAAGAAGAGAAACAAGAAGAUCUUGGACAACUGGAUGACCAUCCAAGAACUGAUGACCCAUGGGGCCAGGUCUCCAGAGGGCACGAGGGUUCACAAUGCCUUCUUGUCGGUCACCACUGUAUGACCAGGUGAUUUGAAGCAUGUACUACCAGUUUCGGUAGGGUAUGAUUGCCUCGUUCAAUGUGGCAUUUUUAUAUAUAUUUGGUGACUCUUUCUACUUUGAAUUUUUGUAAGCAAUAAUACCUGGUAAUUUUCAAUUUGUUUUUUCAUAUACUGGUACCUUCUUUCUGGCUGAGAUCUUUCCUUAACUUGUGAUAUAUUCUUAGUACUCAUUUAUAAAAUAAAUAAAUAAAACAAAAAAGGAAGGAAACAAAUGAAGAAAAAUACUUAGGAGCUGAUUAAUUUCCUACUUUAAUGUAUCUAUUGUAAGUUAAAAUCUGGAUUUAUUUCUCUAGUUUGCUUAUUUUCUACUUUCAUAACAAGUCAAUGCCAAAACAUUUCUAUGCUUUCUUCCUGGCAUAAUAUGUACUAAGUCAAAUCUACUAAACCAUGUGCUACAUUUUGUCUUAUACAUGAAACAGUACCCCCUUUUAACAUCCUGUUUACAUUUAAGACAUAAAUGUCAUUGCCAUUGUCUCAGUAAGGUGUAGGUGGACAAUCUUCUUGUGAUAUGUAGUGACACUGGUCAUGUAUCUAGGUAAUUGUGGUAAUUUGUGACAAUAAACCAUAAAUAAAUUAUUGAUUAUCCUUAAAAAAGUUAUCAAUGAUUGAUUUAUUUUCAUUGUCCACUGUGGUUAACAGAAAUAAAUUAGUAAAAUGUAUGCUAUUUAGAAGACUCCUGAUUGUGAAUUAUAAAUUAUA